CACUGUCUUUCCUUUCCUCUGUAAUCAGACAGGAACACACAGUUUCACAUUCCACACUGUACAAAACAUAACACAUUUUAGUAAAAAAAAAAAAAUGUUUUACCUUGCAAACCACUCUCAUCUAUACCCCACACAUACUGUAUUUGUGUGUGAUGUGGUGAACACUUUUUGCAGCAGCUUGCGUGUGUGUUCUUGUACCAGGGUGCUGCCGGGUGUUCAGCUGCACAAGCCCAAACCUGAGGACGUCUCUGGAGCAGACCGCUGGAAGUUUUUUAGGAGUCCACUCAUCCCCUUUGCUCAGCAGAUCCCACCUGAUGUUAUUUUUGCAUUACCCAACGGUGACUCUCAAAAUACCCAGCAGGAAGGCUCUGAGUGGAUGAGUGUUCAGCGCACAGUGGGAGUUCAGACAGAUUACCGUGACAGUGAGACUCAAACUGAUCCGUACACCCCUGAGUAUGUCCUACAUCCAGGAGCAGCGAUUCCAGAAAUCCUCACUCUGGCCACAUUCUCUUGGGGUCAUGGGCUUCCUGCUGGCCUGGAUGAAGUUGAAAUGAUUGAAAGAGCAAGGAAGAAGAGGACAUGGGAGGCCAGCCUACCACCUCUGAAUGAUCUCACUCAGCUGGACAAGAGGAAGAGGAUGAUGGAUGAGAUGGAGAGGAAGGAGUGGGCUUUCAGGGAGAAGGAGAUUGAGAAGCUGCAAGAGGCUCGAUUGGCUCUUCUCAGGCGGUUUUUACAGGAGAGAGAGUCACAACAGGAGAAGAUCACAGUGCAGCAGCUGGAUAAGCAUUUUUCCCAGCAGCAAAGAGAGAAAGAAGAACGACUCCAGAAAAUACGCAAUAACUAUGAACGCUCUUUACGGAAACUCAUGGCAAAGAGGAAGACAGUGGAAGGGAAGUGGAUGAAACGGAAUAUUAUCAGUGAGCACUUGGAUUACAGCUCUCAGACGUACGCUCCACUCUCCCGCCACGGAGUCUUCCCUGAUCGACACUCACAACUCGACACUGUCAAGACCCACUUCCUCAAUACCUACCAAGGUCUUUCAGAGCUGGAAGCAAGUCUUCCACCUUCGGUCCUGGAGCCACAAACAAAAGCCCCUAAGCCAAAGAACAAAGGUUUCAUCAGUCGCUCAGACCGCUGGGAUCUUGAGUUAAUGAAGACUCACCAGGCAUUGAUAGACAAGAAGGUUCAGGUGGAGGAAAAGAAGCCUCUACGCUUCCUUUACAGGGUGGAGAAACCAGUCCCUCGUCCCCCGACACCUGUGGUGGACGCGCCUCCUGAGGGAGAAGAGGAAAAGGAGCUUGCUGUCAUUUUCCUACAGAAGCUGCUCAGAGGCAGAUCCAUCCAGAACCAGAUGCUGGAAGGCGUAGAGAAGCAGCUGGAGCUGAUCCAGGAGCUCCGCACCACCCACGCCCUGCAGCAAGAGGAGCAAGAACUACAGAGAGCAGAUAAACAGGUCACACUGGCCCUGCGGAGAGAGAGAGAGAAACAUGAGAGCAGGAUGUCUGAGAUACAGAGUUAUGUGGAUGGCCUUUCAGGGGAGGUGAUUGGCGACACGCUGGACUUCCUGGCGAAGGAGCUGGUUCGCCUCCAGGAGGAAAGAAGGAUCCAUGCUUUCAUUCUGCUGGCUGAAAGAGACCGCCGCCUUCGCGAGGCUGAGGAGAGUGGGCGGAGACAGGUGGAAGAACGGAGACGGAGAGAGGAAGAUGAGAUCUUUCGACAGGUGAUGAAGGUGCACCAGGCCACAGUGGAUCUAUACCUGGAAGAUGUGAUCCUGGAUAGCAUCGAUCAAACCGCCGAGGCUCAGGCCAGAGAAGAGAUCCACCACAUGGCAGAGGAGCUCAACAACAUCACCUAUACCAUGGAGGAAACGAGAAACAAUAUGCAGUCAGAGGAGAUUGUAGCUCAACUUGUCCACAGCUUCCUCAUUCCUGAAGUACAGAAGGUUAUUGCCCGUGACAGAGUGAAGCAGAGUCAAAGGAGGCAUGUGAAUGCAGCACGUACCCUCAUCCAUGGCACUGAUAACUCCUCCACAAGCCCUCGGCCCCUCUCUCCCCCGACCAGAGCCUCCACCUCACUGCUCUCUCAGAUCGUCAAGCAGGUGGAGGAGGCUUCAUGCAACGGUGAUCACCAUCAGGAGAAUGAACACACGGAGUCGGGAAUAAAUGGUGACUUUGGAGAAACAUAUGUGCAAUAGAGAGUGAACAUGAAACCAGGACCAAUCACCAAAUAAAGCAGUUUAGAUAGUAAUAUGUGUGGAAAUUGUUUCAUAUUCAGUAGUAUGUAUCAGAGUCCUUCUGCUCCUUUGGUCUGUUUAAAGGCAAAAACUGACAAAUGUACCAUAGUAAGCCUACAGAGAUCUUCAACAUGGUGAAACAGACUCAUACACUUCUACUAUUCUUUAAAAUAAAUGUACAAAUCAGUU